UUCAGUUCAGAUGCACAAAUUUUAGAGAAAAUGUUAUAAAGUAAACGAAACUUUCUUUUUUCGAAAAUUAAUGAUAACGAAAUUAACACCUUCAUUUCGAUCGCUUCGCUUGUUCAACUCUCUCUCUUCAAUCUGCUUCUGCGAAACCCUAGAGUUUGUAGGGAAGAAGAAUACGUGGUACUCUUCAAUGGCGGAAGUAGAGAACAAUGAAGCCGUGACGGUCUCGGAAGACGAGGUCUAUGGGUUUAAACGGAAGGAGAUGUACAGUGGUACCCUCGCUGGUUCCGUUGGUUCGUACGGUCGCCAUGUUUUCCUUUGCUACCAGAGUCACGAGACCUGGAUUCCUCGUGUCGAAGCUCAAGGUCUUCCGCAGCGUUUCGCUGAGUCGUUCAGGGAUCGCAAAGCUGAUUUCGCUGUUGAGACGAGGCUUACGGUGUGCGGUGGUGGAGAUGAUUUGGAUGGAGAUGUGCUGAUUUUCCCGGAUAUGAUCAGAUACAAGGCGCUUAAGGACACAGAUGUAGAUGCUUUUGUGGAAGAUGUGCUUGUGAAAGGAAAACCAUGGACCUCUGGGAUCCAGGAAGAGUUAUCAGGUUCCUUUGUAUUUGUGUGUGCUCAUGGUAGCCGGGACAAGAGAUGUGGUGUUUGUGGACCAGCUCUGAUGGAGAAGUUCGAGGAGGAGAUAAAGUCGCGUGGACUUUCAAAUCAAAUUUUCGUUAAGCCAUGUUCUCAUAUUGGUGGCCACAAGUAUGCUGGAAAUCUGAUUAUCUUCAGCCCUGAUUCAGCUGGAAAUAUUUCUGGCCACUGGUAUGGCUAUGUGACUCCUGAUGACGUGCCUGCGAUGCUUGAUCAGCAUAUUGCAAAAGGAGAAAUCAUACAAAACCUUUCCAGGGGGCCGAUGAGACUAAGAACCGAUGGUGAGGAAGCUAAGAAAGAGGAAGAGCAUAAAAUUCCAAACGGAAACAGCGUAGUGGAACGCGAACCUGAGGAGAAGAAGGGAUUCACAGGAGGUUGCUGCCAAGGUGCAAACGGUGUUUCAUGUUGCCAGGAGCAAACUCCAGAGCCAGUCAAGAAAGAAGGAUCCGUGAAGCUAAACUGGUUCAGAUCGAUGAUUGAGAAAGAAGAGCUUCUCUUGGGAGCUGCUGCGGUUGGGGCUGUCGCAACCAUAGCCGUGGCUUAUAGCAUUUACAGGAGGUCAGGUUGAGAAAUCGCCCCCCUCUUUAUAUCUCUCAAGAAGAAUUUACACAAGAAAGUAUAAAACUUUAUUUUUGGUAGCUUAUAUUAUAGCAGUAAAAGAAACGAAAAAAUAUGGAGGUAAUGAUAUAUUGGAACCACGCAACCAUCAUUUGGUAUGCUGGGUAAUAUCGGUUUGGUAAUGCAGGAAUGUGAUAUAUUCUCUGCCUUUGAAUAAAUAUAUAAAGCCUUUUCCUCGGAAU